UCGUGAGGCUUAUUAAAGUGUAAAAACGUCGGAAGGAUCCCGCGUUUCUCACUGAAGUUUUAAAGCGUUGUAUAAAGUGCUGAUUCCCACCGAUUCACACACAGCGCUUUCCGGUCAGAGGCGCGCGUGGAUCCUGACCGCUUAAGUUAGUCCCUAAAGCGGAGUAAUUCAGUGUUUACAGUCAGAUUUCUCGCACGCGCUCUGACCAAACACAAGAUCACGCCAACAGUUCAAAACCGUCGCUUUCAGCAGCCGCGUCUUAUUCUUUAAAAAAAAAACAAAAAAAAACACGUCCGAAUUACGAGUCUGCCGGCAGAAGGCUUUGGAAGAAGCGGUCCAUCUUGAUCUUCUCCACUCGCGCCCGAAGGCCCCUUUUCUGACAGCUCUUUGAUGUUCAACCCCUCACAGUGCAGUGGUGAAAUUUGAUUGGAAGAAUGAAAUGUGAGACUUUUCGAAACAUCUGAUGAAGAACGAGAAGGCUAAACUCCAAGAGUUGUAACCGAAGACGGCUUGAAGCGAGCGAGUCCUUGGAAGAAGGCCUUUAAGUCAUGAUGCAAGAAGCGGGGACAGCAGAGGCCACGAGCAACGGAACAGCCAAACAGAACGGGGUGGCAGCUGAACUCGGGCUUCGAGACAUACGAUCCAAGAGUGCCACACCUUCCUCUGACAUCACAGCCACUAACCUCAUGACCCUUCAGCAGCAACAGGCUCUACAGGUUGCAAGGCAACUCCUUCUUAAGCAGCAGCAGCAGCACCAAAGCGGUGCUAUUAAGUCUCCUAAAAGCAACGAGAAACAAGCUGCACUGCAGGUGCCAGUGUCAGUGGCUAUGAUGACUCCGCAGGUGAUAACUCCUCAGCAAAUGCAGCAGAUUCUCCAGCAGCAAGUCCUGAGCCCUCAACAGCUCCAAAUCCUCUUGCAGCAGCAACAGGCCCUGAUGUUACAGCAGCAGCAACUUCAGGACUUCUAUAAGAAGCAGCAAGAAUCACUCCAGCUCCAACUUCUUCAACAACAACAUGGCAGCAAACAGCACAGCAAGGAGGUUUCUACACAGCAGUUGGCGUUUCAGCAGCAGCUCCUUCAGGUUCAGCAGCUGCAGCAGCAGCACCUGCUCAGUCUACAAAGACAAGGCCUGCUGUCCAUCCAGGCAAACCAGAAUCUGCCUCUGCACUCUCUCACUCAGGGCGUGAUUCCAGCUGAGCUGCAGCAGCUGUGGAAGGAGGUAACGGGCACACACGUGAAGGAGGAGUUCAGCGGGAGAAACAACGGCCACCGUGGCCUGGACCUGUCCUCCGCCUCACCCGUGCCUCCAAAGAGCAGCCACCUCAACCAGCAGCACGCUACGACCAACGGCCAGUACAGCAGCCAUGCACUCAAGAGAGAGAGCUCGGCGCCGGACGAGCACACACACCACAGCCACCCGCUCUAUGCACACGGCGUGUGUAAAUGGCCAGGAUGCGAAGCGGUGUUCGAGGACUUCCAGUCUUUCCUCAAACACCUGAAUAACGAGCACGCGUUAGACGACCGGAGUACGGCCCAGUGCCGGGUGCAAAUGCAAGUAGUUCAGCAGCUGGAACUGCAGUUAGCAAAAGACAAAGAACGUCUGCAAGCUAUGAUGACUCACCUACAUGUCAAGUCCACAGAGCCCAAACCCACCCCGCAGCCUCUCAACCUGGUUUCCAACGCCACACUGUCCAAGACGGCCCCCGGUGCAUCGCCGCCCCUCAGCCUGCCUCAAACACCAACCACUCCCACCACCCCACUCACACCGCUCUCCCAGGCCCACUCAGUCAUCACACCCACCAGCCUGCACAGUGUCGGACCCAUUCGCCGACGUUACUCAGACAAAUACAGCAUGCCCAUAUCGCCAGGUAGCUCACUGUUUAAUUACAGACCGAAUAUUGGCCAAAACAAGGAGUUCUACAUGAACACAGACGUGCGCCCUCCUUUCACAUACGCAUCAUUAAUACGCCAGGCGAUACUUGAGUCACCAGAAAGACAGCUAACACUAAACGAGAUAUACAACUGGUUCACGCGAAUGUUUGCAUAUUUCAGGCGGAAUGCAGCGACCUGGAAGAACGCAGUCCGGCAUAACCUUAGUCUUCACAAGUGUUUUGUGCGAGUAGAAAACGUUAAAGGGGCGGUAUGGACUGUUGACGAGAUAGAGUUCCAAAAGAGAAGGCCACAAAAGAUCAGCGGGAGUCCUGCUCUAGUAAAAAAUAUUCAGACCAGUUUGGGAUACGGUCCUGUCCUCCCGGCUACCUUCCAGGUAAUUCACCAAGCUUCAAUGGCUGAAAACAGCAUACCUCUAUACACUACCGCUUCCAUCGGAAGCCCCACUCUUAACUCGCUUGCCAAUGCUAUCCGAGAGGAGAUGAAUGGGGCCAUGGACCACGGCAACAGCAACGGUAGUGACAGCAGUCCCGGUCGCUCCCCUCUUCCAGCUAUGCAUCACAUUAACAUUAAAGAAGAACCACUGGACCCCGAGGAGCAUGAAGGGCCGCUCUCCUUAGUGACAGCCAAUCACAGUCCAGAUUUUGAUCACCAUAGAGAUUAUGAGGACGACCAUGGGAACGAGGACAUGCUGUGAGGCUGCUUUCCCUCGGGUCCUCUCCAAAGGGGCCAAACUUAAACUGAAAUCAUCUGUGAGACCACUCCCAACCUAGCAAGUCUGACUGGAUUCCCAGUCCCUUUUGUUGACAGCUAUAAAAAAAAAAAAAAAAAAAUCCAAUUUACUCUUAGUGCCAUUAAUCAUGAGAUAUACAUGAGAUAAGAAAAAAAACUAUUCCAUUUGGGAGUAUUUUUCAGUUGUUUUUACUUUUUUGGGUUAAAGACAAAGACCAAGCACGUAAUUUCUACUUGCGUCCAGUAAAGGAGCCAUUUGGUACUGGGGGACUACUACUUCACAUCGCCUGUCCUGGUGGCACUGAGGCCAGAGCGGACACGAACGAGGAAAACGCACGCAGAGAAAAGACUGCCACUUCUGCCCUCGAAGUUCAACACUGAUUUACAAACUACAGAAGAGUGCACACUUGAACCAUUAGCCCCCAAACAGACAGUGAUGCAGAGCAUACGGGCGCGAGUGGAUGUGAUUUCAGUUCAAUGACACUGCCUUCAAAUCAACUUGGGUUGCUUCCAACCUCAGUGUUGCCUCCAAACUCAGUCCGAUGUUUUGAUGGCAAAUAAUACAACAUUGUUGUUUUUUUUUUUCUUUCUUUUUUGUCCUCCUGAUUUGUCCCAUGCUCUUAUUUGCUAUAUUAUUUGACUUUGUUUUCUGUACCUGAUCAGACCUCAUGCUCAUUGUUGUAGAGACUCUGUACGAUCUGCACUUCAUGAUGAAUGUCUAUAGUUUCUUGCCAUGAUGUUUCAUUUCUCAUUUUUCCUUUCCAUUAUUUAAUGGGAAACAGAAUGUCAAAUUUACCAUGUAGUAUUUUCUGUCAUUUAUUCCACAUUUCAGAUCACCAUCACAUUGUCACAUUGCUCACUGUCUCUCUCUCUCUCUGUCUGUCUGUCUCUCACACACACGCGCGCGCACACACAAACGCAGACACAUUCACACAGUCCAUCUGCAUAUGCACUCCUCGUAAUGAAGGCUUUCUCUACGCAUCAAUGAAGUUUAAUUUUCACAAGGGAAUGAAUGACAGAGAAAUCAACGCAGGUAACGACUUGUCCUCCUGAAAUCCCCUUUCGUUGCAGUGUGUUAGCUGCAGCCCAAAUCACUGCUCGAAACACUGGUGCGAAAGUGGGGGGAAAAAUUAAAUGUCAGAAUACAAUGAAGCUGUGGCAGAGAUAAUUUUUCUCUCUCUCCCCUCUUUUUUCCCCCCCACGUUCUGUAAUUUAUGGACUGUCGGGUUAAGGUUAGAGGACUUUAAAGUGCAUUCUCUGUUGUUUUAAUGUCUUGUUUGCCCACAUCAAUGACCAGCCCUCCCCCUCUCUCUUAUUAGCAGUUGUUAGUAAUUACACUUGAGAUAAAAAGGUUUAAGGGAUUACAAGCCACGGUUGGCAUUAGAAGCCAUGACCACUAAGCAUUACAGCAUCAGGGGCAGCUCACUAUGACCACAUGUUUCCUGCCACAUUACCUUGGAAACCAGAAUGAAGUCAAUUUCAGGCUCACAUUAAAAACAUCCACGGUACAGCGUCAGGGACGGGGAAGGGGAGGAAGGGGACACCGGGUGGGGUGUAAGGGUGCUGGGCAGCCAAAAAGCAAAACGUUUCCAAUCUGUAACUCCGAGAAGAGAAUUAGAAGCGGCUUAACCAAAUUUUUUGCAACUUGAUUCAUCACUGCAACCCCAACCACUUUUUAAUUUAUUGCUUCUUUUUAUCAUUGCUUUUUUAUUCUUUCUUUCUACUUGUUUUUGUGUUGUUGACGUGUCUGUUACCGGUGGCUACCAAAGAUAAAUGACGAGUAAAAGAAGAAAAAAAAACUGUUCUAUGUUCCAUGCAAUAGCAAAACAAGGCCAAAUAUCCUCCCCGUUCAGUGCAAAAGAGGGAUAAGAACAGCGGAAGAGGUUUCGGUGAAUAAACGAGUGAGCUGUUCAACUUUGCUGAAGCCAAAGGGGUUGUUUAAGGGGCAGCUGCAAGGGUUAUUUUUGGUUGUUGUUGUUUUUUUUUGUUUGUUUUUUUUUUUUGCCUUUGACCAAAUGGGAAAUGAUAGAGAAUGGGUUGACUCAGCCAUGUCAUGUCAUGUCAUAUCAUAUAUAGCGCUAUUCUCUCUGCAUUAAGCUGAGAUUCAAAUAAAAGAACGUCUGACUUUGUAAAAGUGUCUGGAUUAAGUAUAAAGGGUAGUAAAUAUAAUACAGGAUAGAGGGAAAGGAUUUAAAUAACAGUCGUGGACCACACUUGUUUUUGUUUCUGGUUUUAAUCCUCAGAUUAGAUUGUACGCCACUUACUCUGUGAAUCCAGUUUGUUUGUUUUUUCCCUUCAUUUGUUAAACACUGCAAAUGCUUUAUGAUUGUGUUUUAAGUUCUGUCUACUUUUUUAUAUCACUUCUUUUUUUUUUAUAUUAAAACCAAACACUCCUGUCGACUAAUAAGCUGGGUACAAGGUACUUUAAUGGCAGUUUGUUUAUAUUUUUUUAUUUUCAUGAUAAACUCAUUUACUGUAGACAAAAAAAAGGGAACGAUUCGGGUUGACAGAAAAGAAACCACGAGAGACGGGCAGCUGUUGAUGGGCUGAAAGCAGUCAGUGUGUGAAAGACAUGCGCUCAUUGUGCGCUAAUCCAAAUCUCUUAGCGGUAAAGUGGGAGAAAGAGGAUAAGCAGGUAGAUAAGAUCAUCUUCCGCAUGUGUAGCUCAACAUUACUAAAGUGAAGCAGCAUGAGAAAACCGUUAGUACAGUAAGCAUACCUCAGUUCAGACCUAUAGGGAAUGAUAAAACAAAGAGAAAAAAAGAAAAAAAAAGAUCCAUUUCACUCUGUUGCACUUAGUUGUAUGUCCUGCAUGUUUAGUCUAAAACUGUAGCAAAUGAUAUUUUAAGAAAGAGUUUUAAAAAGAAAAAAAAAUGAUAUAAAAAUGCAAAAAAACCUACUUGUUUAUCUUGAAGGCCUCAUGUUUCUUUUUGUGUUUUAAAAACCAAUCCAAACCUCAGGCCUUCUUCUUUUUUUUUUUCUUCUCUUCUUCUUCUUCUUUUUUUUUUUCUUUUUCCCUUUAAAGAAAAGUCACAAAUCUUUUUGGAACCUUUUUGAGGCAUGUGGUAUACAGUCUUAGACGCCUUCACGUGUGUGGGCUUUUAUUCCCGUGGGUUGUACAUACACCACAUUAUAUCCUUGUGUGCUUUCUUGUUUCCUUUCUUUCUUCCUUUCUUUCUUUUUCUUUCUUUUUGUUUCAUUUAAAAAACAACAAAAAUGUUUGUAAUGUCAUGUUUGCUUUAUCAUUCGAACUGCUUUGUACUGACUAUUAAAAAAAAACAUUUUACAAAAAAGAACACAGAGUAAUGACAAACUGCUCUAUGUAUCGGAACAGCAACGUGCUGCAAGUAAUCCACACACAGGAGGAGAGGAGGUAGGAGGACGUUUUGGGGGGAAAAUCCUCAUUUUUGGGGGGAUUUAAAAAAAAAAACUGUAAAAUAGAAAAGAGACCUGGCUGGCUGUUAUUACUGACCUAAGCGUUUUGUUUUGCUUUGCAUAAAGACUUUCUCUUUUUGUGUGCGUGUGUGUGUGUGUGUGUGUGUGUGUGUGUGUGUGUGUUCCGUUGUUUUUUAUACAUCCGUGUUUAGUGGUCCGGCGUCUGCCUCCUCCGCCGAUCUGGUCCACGUUUGGAGCUCAGAGUAGACAGGUGUGUUCCCUUUAGAUGAACAAUUAAAAAAAAGAAAGAAACAAAAAUUAAAAAUAUCCUGAUGCCUAAAAUCAUAGAGAGCUGUGCUGAAGUUCUCAGUAUAAUAUAACAGGGAGAAUCCAAUCAUUUAUAUAAAACAGGAGGGAAAAAAUGUCAACAUGCAGUGCCAAGACUAUUUGUUUGUUCUUUCUGUCUGUCUGUCUUUCUUUCUUUCUCUUCAUCUCUUUAUCUUUAAUGUGCCUUCUGGUUAAAUAGUACUAGGACUUUUUUUCUUUUUUUUUUCUUUAAACUUUUCUAACUUAAACCCAAGCACAGUGGAGUUCAGAAGAAACAAAGGUCCGAGUGUGCAAAGAGUGCGUGAUUAAGAAUGGAAUUUGAGAUCAGUCCCAUCUCUCUCACACACACACACACACACACACACACACACACACCUAAUCUUUCUCUCAUUCCUUAGAAUAUUAGUGUUAUUUUGUGUGAUGCUGUACAAGCUCGUCCCAUUCACCAGAUUGAUGACGAUACGUUGUAGAGAAAAAGCGUGAGCGACCCAACAGAUCACUAUCGAGGCAGCAAACUUUGUCAUUUUCUUUUUACAUUUUGUUUAGAGAACAGAUCCAUCAGACUGUAAUCCCUCCUUCACUCUCAUGUUUUAUGCAGACUAUCAUGUUAAAUCCAGUCUCAGUGACUGGAACAUUCAAUAAAAAUGCAAUAAAAACGCUGGUUGUUCCA